AUCUCUCUCAAGUCUUGCCAUUUUCAUGACAAGAAAAUAUCACACAGUAUAUAACAAACCAAACAUGCAUGAAAUUCAACUCUAAUCAAUCAUCUUUCCCCAAUCCCUCAGUAGUAAGUGAUUAAUCCGAUGUUGAUUAUCUGAAUCUGGCAGCUGUAAUGGAAGGCAACAAGCCCUUAAUCCCACCGCUCCCAAGAGACCCCCGCGGCUCCCUCGAAGUCUUUAAUCCCUCCCCCGCCGCGCCACCGCCGUCAAAUCCCGUUUUCCGUCAGGCUCCGUCGUGGAAGAGCUGGUCCAGCAACCCGGAGCCCGAGUCGGAGAAGCCAAGCUUCGCGUCGAAUCCCGACGGCGUCACCUCAUGGAUGGCGCUCAAGGACACGGCUGCGCCGCCACCGCCGCCGAAGGCGUUAGGCAAGAUAUUGAAUGAGCAUGCGGAGAAGGGGGCCGCCGUCGGAGCGGCGGCGCAGAGGGCUGCGGAGUGGGGAUUGGUGCUGAAGACGGAUGAGGAGACCGGGAAGCCGCAGGGAGUGAAGGUGAGAAACUCCGGCGACGAGAAGGGGAACACGCGGAGGGAUUCCAAUAAUUCUAUCCGAAGCUCCGGCGACCAGUCCGAUGAUGGGGGAGGGAAAGAGAGGGGUUUUCCGCGAGUUUCUGAAGAUCUGAAAGAUGCAUUGUCCACGUUUCAACAGACGUUCGUGGUGUCGGAUGCGACCAAACCCGACGCCCCCAUCAUGUAUGCGAGCGCCGGGUUUUUCAAGAUGACCGGCUACACUUCUAAGGAAGUUGUAGGCCGGAAUUGUCGGUUUUUGCAGGGGAAGGAGACGGACCCGGAGGAUGUUGCGAAGAUUAGGGAGGCCUUAGAGACGGGGACGAGCUACUGCGGGAGGUUGCUCAACUACAAGAAGGAUGGCACUCCCUUUUGGAAUCUUCUCACUAUCACACCAAUCAAAGAUGAAACCGGAAAAGUCCUCAAAUAUAUCGGAAUGCAAGUGGAAGUGAGCAAGCACACAGAAGGAAUCAGGGAGAAAACGACCCGGCCCAAUGGGCUUCCCGAAUCAUUGAUCCGUUACGAUGCUCGACAGAAAGAGAUGGCGACGAGUUCAGUCACAGAGCUAGUUGAAGCAGUGAAGAGGCCUCGACCAAGAGCUCUCAGCGAGUCCACCAACCGCCCCUUCAUCCGCAAAUCCGGAGACCACGAAAUCUUCGACGCCCCAACCCGCCGGAGCUCCGACGACAAGCCGCCGCCUGUCCGCCGCCACUCGCAUGCUGGCACUCGAACCUCCAUGCAAAAGAUCAACGAGCUUCCCGAAAAGCCUCAGAAGAAAAACUCCCGCAGAUCGUUCAUGGGGAUUCUGAAGAAGGGGCGGCGCUCGAGCACUGAAGACCUUGAGCCGGUGUUCAAUGACGAGGAGGAGAAAGAAAACGGUUACUCCUCGGAGAGUGAGGACGAGGGGAGGCCGGAUAGCGUGGAUGAUAAAGUGAGGAAGAAGGAGAUGAGAAAGGGUAUCGAUUUGGCCACCACUCUUGAACGUAUAGAGAAAAACUUCGUCAUCACUGAUCCAAGGCUUCCUGAUAAUCCUAUUAUUUUUGCUUCUGAUAGUUUCUUGGAGUUGACAGAGUAUAGCAGAGAAGAAAUCUUGGGUAGAAACUGCAGAUUCCUUCAAGGGCCCGAAACUGACCCGUCGACAGUUAGGAAGAUAAGAGACGCCAUCGAUAACCAGAGGGAGGUCACAGUCCAGCUCAUCAACUACACUAAAAGUGGUAUGUAUGUAUGUAAUAAGAUUAGGCCUUACUGCAUAUGGAGUAGUGUUAUGUCUACUUUUCUAAUGAAUUCAAUCACAGGCAAAAAGUUCUGGAACUUGUUUCAUCUGCAGCCUAUGCGUGAUCAAAAGGGAGAGGUGCAAUAUUUCAUAGGAGUGCAGCUAGACGGAAGUCAACAUGUCGAGCCGCUUCAUAAUUGUAUUCCUGAGGCCACAGCAACAGAAAGUGCAGUACUGGUGAAAGAAACUGCUGCAAAUGUUGAUGAUGCAGUCAGAGAGCUUCCAGAUGCCAAUGCGAAACCCGAGGACUUGUGGAAGAAUCAUUCGAAAGUUGUUCAUCCAAAGCCUCAUAGGAAGGACAGCCCUUCCUGGCAAGCUAUUCAGAAGAUUCUAGACAGCGGGGAAGAGAUAGGAUUGAAACAUUUUAAGCCCGUGAAACCACUAGGAGCCGGUGAUACUGGAAGCGUGCAUCUCGUAGAGCUAUGUGGAACGGGGCAAUACUUUGCAAUGAAAGCAAUGGACAAGGGCAUGAUGCUUAAUAGAAACAAGGUGCACAGAGCUUGUGCGGAAAGGGAAAUCCUAGACAUGUUAGACCACCCUUUUCUUCCUGCUCUCUAUGCUUCAUUUCAGACUAAAACUCAUAUCUGUUUGAUUACUGAUUACUGCCCCGGUGGAGAGCUCUUUCUUGUACUCGACAGGCAGCCUACGAAAGUGCUGAAAGAAGAUGCUGCAAGAUUCUAUGCUGCUGAAGUCAUAGUGGCACUGGAGUAUCUUCACUGUCAAGGCAUAAUCUACAGGGACUUAAAGCCGGAGAAUGUCUUACUUCAAGAUAACGGGCAUGUUGCUCUCACGGACUUUGAUUUGUCAUGCUUGACAUCUUGCAAGCCACAACUUCUGAUCCCAGAGAUAAAUGAAAAGAAAAGGAGUCAGAAAGGCCAACAGCCUCCCAUCUUCAUGGCUGAACCAAUGAGAGCAUCGAAUUCUUUCGUUGGUACUGAAGAAUACAUAGCUCCGGAAAUCAUCACCGGCGCUGGCCAUACCAGCGCAGUAGACUGGUGGGCACUUGGGAUUCUUUUAUACGAGAUGCUGUAUGGAUACACCCCAUUCAGGGGAAAGACGAGGCAGAAGACAUUUGCCAACAUUCUUCAUAAGGACUUAAAGUUUCCAAGAAGCAAAGAGGUGAGUCUUCAAGGAAAGCAGUUGAUGUAUCGACUGCUGCAUAGAGAUCCGAAAAACAGACUAGGAUCACGCGAAGGGGCUAAUGAAGUUAAGCAGCAUCCAUUUUUCCGCGGGAUAAAUUGGGCUCUAGUUCGUUGCAUGAGUCCUCCUACACUUGAUGCCCCACUGUUUGAGGAGAAAGAAACGGUUGAUCCCGGGCUCGAUGAUCUGCAGAAGAAUGUGUUCUAAGAGGUAGUUAUGCACUCCUUGCCAAGGUUAAUGCAAUUGUGGUGGCUGAAUCUGAUGAUCCUGAUAAUGCUGAUCUCACCUCUCAAUUCCUUUUUUCUUUUGUUGUAGACUUGAAUUCUAUAAUCUUUUUAUCCUUUUUUCUUUCGAUCUUUGGAAGCUGUGAAAUAGUUUGUUUGUUGUAUCUCAAUUCUUUGUCACAUGUUGUAGCGUGAGUUUGUCUUGCUUUGUACAUUGUUAAGUUGUGCAAUAAUAAGGUUGUUUUACA